GUAGACGAGGGUGCCAGUGAGCGAGUGGCAAACAUCACAAGGAGAUAGAGGGCGUUGCCUUCUCCCCUCAGAGCGCUGGGUGUUGACCUGGUCCCCUAGCAAGUUCCUACAGGGAAGUCCAUCAGCACAAGCUCCACGCCGAGUCGCCCAGUUCGCUCUGAAGUCUCAGGUCCGCAGAGGAAAGGCAGGUAACUGCUGUUGUGUAAGCAGGGAACACCUGUGGAAAUUUCUUGUCCUCUGUGGCACUUCCGAGGCGAAAGAUUGCUGACCUCUGGUUACGGACAGUCAGAAGAGAAGAGAGAGCAAGCAGAAAACAUGGCCCCCAGGGCCACUGUGGAGCCCAUGUCCAUGCUGUUUUGUCACAACUGACUGAUGCCCAAAUCUGCCAGUGAGCCUCAGGCUUUGGGAACUGAAGAGACUCGUUCAUGUUAAACAACUUUUUACUUAUGGCCUGAUCAAUAUUAACUGGAGUGUGUGGAGACCUUUCCUAAGCUCUUCAUCCAUCAGAAAGAGGCCGUUCUUGGAGGCAGAUGGGACUGUCUAAAUUAAGUGUAUCUGAAACCCCCCCCCGCCCAGCAUUCCAAUGGCCAGCAACAACACCGCCAGCAUAGCACAAGCCAGGAAGCUGGUAGAACAGCUGAAGAUGGAAGCCAACAUCGAUAGGAUAAAGGUAUCCAAGGCGGCCGCAGACCUGAUGGCCUACUGCGAGGCGCAUGCCAAGGAAGACCCCCUGCUGACCCCGGUCCCGGCUUCAGAAAACCCAUUUAGGGAGAAGAAGUUUUUCUGCGCCAUCCUUUAAGUCUUCACGAGGAGCCUGAAGAGCGUCAGGGCUCCUGGGACACUGAUGUCGAGUUUUUAGCGAAGUGGGCGCCUUUCUAGUCCACAGCAUUUAAAGAGAGGGAGGAGAACCAUCCUGGAAACUUCAGGCCAUGCAUGUUUAAAGAACCGGUCCCCUUGAUGAGAAUGAAAGCCAAACCACAUCCCGAGUUAAGAGAUCUGAUAUCUGCAGAACUGCCUGGAGCAAGGGAAUAUGUAAAGAUAAAAUCCGCCUCAUUUCUUUCUGCUAUCCCUGCCCAAACCUUAUGUUUCUGCUUCAUAUUUAAAAAAAUAAUAAAAAAAAUAAAAACAGACAGCUGUACUGAGCUAAGAUAUGUAUGACCUUCUUGGAAUGACUAUUGCCUUUAGAAUACCCUUUGAUAAGCUGAAUUGUCCAGUGUAGCUGCGGUUUGGUUUAAUGGCAUUGAUGUUUAGUCUUUGUGCCUUUUUUUUUCCUUCUCCCCUGCCUCUCCUUCCACCCCUUCCCAUUAGAGUAGUACAGAGAGAAGACUGGACUUGUAUGUAAGACUGAACUCCAAGGAGGAGCACCCAGAUGUUGAGGGAGCUGUUCCCCGUGGUUUGUCCUCAUGGUAAUAACAACAAAAAAUGCCGGUUGUCUGUGUUCUCUUAUCACAAUUCCUAACAUUUGUACAUGAUAGCUUUGAUUCUGCAAGUAAAAGUAAAUCAUGUGUUGUGACUGGUGCUUUCAUAUAUUUGUGACAAUUUUUGAGUAAUACUGCAUGAAAAUUUCCCUAUGUUACAUCCAUUCAGAAGGUUUGUUGUUUUACUAAAGUUUGGAACAGGAAUGAGAGAGAAAAGAAGCUAGAGAAGAAAAAACUCAGUGUCUUGAAAACUGAGAUUACUUCAGAGCCUUAGCCAUGCCUAAUAUACCUCUGAGUUCACAGUGGCGUAAACGCCUCUUCAACGUAUUUUCCAGAAUCCAAAGCAUUUUGGCUGUAUCCAGGAUCCAGGGCAGCACAGGAACCACCAAGCAGGAGAGGGAAGGAGGGAUUCACCAUCAAUGGGGAGGCAUUUCUGUCAUAGAGUAAGAGCCGAUUUCAUCUUUCCCUGCAUCGUGGAAAUUCUAGAUUGAAGGAACACUCUCUGUUUGUUCAAGAAUCAGGAGAAAUAAACCAAUGGCUCCAGAGAAGACCUAUUUGCAGAAUCCUGGCUGUUCACCUGCCACAGAGAAGAGGUCAGGUGCACCCCCACCCCCAGCCAGCAACACCAGAAAGCGUUCUGGCUCUCUUUUGCCACUGGGAUGGUCUUUGCUUUUCACUCACGAAAUUUUUCAAUAGAACCUUUUCUGUUGUUCUCUGUCUUGUUUGAGUCUCUCAGUCUUUAUCUACAACUUCCUUGCAGCUAGAGCUCUCUCUUCCUGAGAGAUGAUAUUGAAAGUGAUUUUUCAUUACAGCUCUAGCCUUCAUCAGUAAUGGAAGGUCCUGGUAACCUGCAUCAAUUUUCUCUGUGUCAUUCCCAGGCAAAAGAGGACCAGCCUUAGAGCUCGCUGUUUACUUUGAAAUUGCAAAAGACCAUUUCCAAAUUAAUUCUAUUCUCUUUCUGUUCUCUUCCUUCUGUUUAAAAAAAAAAUGGAGAAGAAGGAAAAGAGAAGAUGUAAAAGCUUAGUAUGCCAAGGACAGAUUUUGAAAGAGUUAGUAAAUACUUUCCCUAGCUCCUUUUAUGGGCAUGAUGGUAAAAGAAAGCUCACAACUGGGGUGGGGGCAAGGGAAUCCUGAGAUAUUUGCAAAAUGUGUGAAUCUAGUUCUAUAACCAGAUACUUCUGUUCAAACCUUGGGAUGUUGUUACAGUCAGCGAAACGCUAAUGAAGAUUUAGUAGGAAGACCCUGGCAGAGUAUUUAUUAAACUAAUAUGGUAUUGUACCAUUAGCUUAGUAAUACUGUGGAAUCAGCUAAAACCAUACACAUUUUUAAAAUUAAGCCAAAACAUGAAUUGAAUAUGUGGUCACAUAAAAACAACUCUGAAUAAAGCACCUUUUGAUGGUGAUUAGGGCAUCAUUGUAAGACCCCAAGGAUUUUCAUAAUCCAGGCCAUUUAUUUUUCUUAGAGGGAUGCUUUAUAUUUGUAUGUAAAUCUAGAUCUUUGGAGCAAUUAGAAUGGCAUUAAAACUUGAAGGAAGCACUGUAAUACGGCUCUGAUAAUUAAAAGUUAAGGAAGUUCCAAACUUGUGACCUUGUUUACAAAAGAGAAAAAGCAGAAAAUACACAAUCAAUCUGAAAUUAAGUUUAAGGAAAAUGUUUGGGCUUUUUCAUAACUUCAUGUCCUGUAGUAUGGUAUAUAAUACCAGAGUCUUUAUAUGAGUUUUUGCUUAUCAGUAUUUUUACUUGUUAAGGGGGAAAGAAAUCUUUUGAUGACUUAUACCUCUAAAGAGCUUUAAUUCUGUUAGAAAUUCAACAAUCAUUUCCACCAGCAUAACUUUAUCUGAAGGAAUAACUAAUAGGAAAAUUUAACUUAAUUAUUCAAGGCCCUAAUUUCUGUAUAUAAUGUAUUGGAUAGUAAUGAAAAUCUAUCAUGCAGUUAGUUUAAAUUGUAACAAUAACCCUCAUAUUAAGAAAAAAAUUGUAUCGUCCUUAAUAUUAACUCUGGUUUCUUUCCUUUUUAAUUUUAAACCAAGUACUAUUUAAUUUAAAUUAGAGGUUGCAAAACAGUACUUUGAUCUGAGGUUAAUUUCGAUAAUAAUAUUUGAAAGAGAUUGCUUACCAAGGAAAAAUUAAAAACCAUUUCUCCACAUACUCCUAUUCACAAAUGGGAUUUGGGGAAAUUGAGCAUGCUGUCUUAAGAUUUUUGUAGUUUUUUUUUUUUUUAAUAUUUGCUUCAAGCUGCUCCUGGCAAUGGUGAAUUGUUACGUAUCGUUAAUGUUUUCCCAACCCAAGGAUUGUUCACAUUUUUCCUAUAUGAGAUCUAUGGAGUGUGUCUUUCAGAGAGGAAAUACAGGAAUGUUAAAGCAGGAAAACCUGAAUGUGAUGUGCACAUUUUCAUCCCACAUGGACAAUGUAUUUGUUUUAAUAAAUGGAAUUUUCAAAUUCA